AUGAAAGUUGGCCGUGUGGCCAUCAUCACCCGAGGCCGUUACGCCGGAAAGAAGGUCGUCAUCAUUCAGCCUCAAGACACCGGCUCCAAGGCCCACCCUUUCUCCUAUGCCCUCGUUGCCGGUAUCGAGCGUUAUCCCCUGAAGGUCACCCGUCGCAUGGGUACCAAGAAGGUCGAGAAGCGCAGCCGCAUUAAGCCUUUCAUCAAGGUUGUCAACUACAACCACCUGAUGCCCACCCGUUACACACUCGAGCUCGAAGGACUCAAGGGAGUUGUCAGCAACGACACCUUCAAGGAGGUUUCACAGCGCGAGGAUGCCAAGAAGACCGUCAAGAAGGCUCUCGAGGAGCGAUACCAGAGCGGCAAGAACCGAUGGUUCUUCACACCUCUGCGUUUCUAA